AUGACAUUUCAAAGCGCUGCCAUUCUUGACGGACUGCACCCGGAGUCGUUUCGACAGCUUGGCAUCCUAGACAGCGACGUCAGAGAAUCUGUCGAUACUGCCUUGACGAACACUUCGUGCAUCGGAUCUUACAACUGGUCAGAAUCGGAACAAUAUGCGAAGCCCGUGAUCGUGGUGCCGGGAGCACCCCGUCGGUGGUUGAACCUCUCAGCUCCGUUUGAGGUGGCAAGUGGACCGGCGGCGUAUAUGAACGAAAAUGCCUUUCGUCUUCCGGACAUGCCUCUCCUGCCGCUCAUCGCGGCCGUGGAUGCUAGCGGCUCACAAGUGGAUUGGCCUGCCCUUGACUUCGUUACAGAUCGGGGCAACCUCCGAAGGUUGCUUCAAUGGGUCUCGGGAGGCUUCAAUUCUAAGCCUGAACGCAUCGACCUUCAGCUCGUGGGAGACCAUACCGUUCUCAUGAACCGCUGGGACCCCAAGGCCAUCUGUCACACACAGUCGGUCAACUUUGGUCGUGGCUUUGAGUCAACGGCGAGCGCCCCAGCCAAAAAAGGGUAUUCUUCGUACUAUCAGAUCUUGAAAUACGAACUUGGUGGACUGCGCAUGGUAGUCCGAUGUGAAGCCGACGCAUAUCUCCCCGCACCCUCU